UCAAAACUAGGUCACCAUAGCAACCUAUCAGUAGUCUGCAAACACCACAGAAGUGACAGAGUAAUUUAAUUAUUAAAAUAUGGGACUCUGUAAUAUUUCAUUAUCUUGUAUAUGAACAUAAUUAAAAUGUUAAAAUUGUCUAAAUGAAUGUUAUUAAACGCCUUAUAUUCGCGUUUUUUGCAUAAUUUGUCUCCGCUUUUGGCUUUACUUCCGGGUUGUGACAGGGUUGCCAGGUCUGUGUAUAAAUAAUACCAUCUAAACAGCAAAACAACAACAACAACAGAAAGCACUAACUAUUAACUAUCCAACCUAGCUUUUAAAUCUAUUAGGCGUGUUAGGAUUGGAAAUGUUCUGGUUAUGUUAACCUAGCCUAAAAAAACUCCGUAUUACUUUAACAUUAUUAACUGGAAGAGUGUGGAUCUGGCAACUGUGGUUGUGAAGCUGCUGUCCGACCCUGACGGUGCUGAAAUCGAUGGAUCGUUGUUGCCACAUUGGAACGGUUUCAUCGUAUGCAUUAUGGGACAUUAUUAUAAUUGUUUGACCAGAUACCAAAUGUUUUUGUAUAUUUUCAAUAAAAAUACAUCAAUUUUAAUGUAUACGUACAUUUAUUUAUACAUAAACGUAAAAUUUACUAAAUCUACAUCCACUGAUUCAUAAACAGUCAUAACUAUUCCAAGUGCGAGCAAUCAAUAUUCAUUUGUAUUAUUUGUGUACUAAGUAGUAUAUUGUCAUUUCUCUAAAAAAGAAAAGAAAAGAAAAAAAGAAUAAAUUCCGGUGUAUUCUGAUAUAACGCUUUGAAAUUAAAACAGAUCAAAACAGACCUGGCAACCCUGUUCUUCAGUAAUCCUACAGUGGAAUAAUAAAUGUAUUAUAUUGUAUUGGCAAUUUGUUAUUGUAUUUAAUAUUUUUUAAAUUAAUUGUAUCAAUUAUUUAAUAUUCAUCCCUGUUUAAGAUUAAGAUUAUUAAAAGGAGGAAUUGAAAUCUACCAUGAGGAAGGAUAAUGAAUCUAACUUGGCUACCUCCCGGUAGCGCUUCCGGUUUAUGGGUGGAUCCGGUAUCAUCACAUACAACACCGGCUACAGAGAGAAACCCAAACACUCAAACAGCACCAACAUGCAAAGCGAACCGGCAGAACCGGAAUCGGGUGGAGAUGAAGAGCUGCACGAGAAGCUCCGGAGUUUACAGGAUGAGAAUGAAGCUCUCAAAAGUGAGAUUCAGGAGAUGCGUGUGGAGAUGGAGGAGAUGCACGAUGCGUUUUAUGAGGAAGACACCUGCCGGCUACACGAGCUGCGACGAGAGCUCGAGCGAGCUAAUAAAAACUGCAGGAUCCUGCAGUACCGCGUGCGCAAAGCCGAGCGCAAACACCUGCAAUACACGUCAGGCCAAGAGAUUGACGAAGAACUGCUGAGGAACCUGGAGCAAGACCUGAAGGUGGCGAAGGACGUGUCGGUGAGGCUCCACAAUGAGCUGAAGAACGUGGAGGAGAAACGUACAAAGACAGAAGAAGAGAACGAGAGACUGAGAGAGAAACUCAUCGAGCUGGAGGUCGACAAAGAGACACUGCAGAACGAGCUGGAGAGAGCCAGAGAGUGUCAGAAGAGGAGAGGCAGUAAAGAUGCUCAGAGGACUGAGAGGAAGAACACUCAGAGCCUCAGUGAAGAGGACAGUGAGGAUCUGAAGUGCCAGCUGUCCUUCAUUAACGAGGAAAUGACGCUCAUGAGGAAGAAGAUGGCGAAGCUCGACAAGGAGAAGGAUGACGCGGAGCAGGAGCUGCAGAAGUAUCGCGCCUUUUACGGUGACUUCGACAGCCUCCAGUUUAAAGGUGAAGCCGUGGGCCCGCCCACCGCCCGUCAGUCAGAGCUGAGGCUCCGCCUCCGAUUGGUAGAAGAGGAGGCCAACAUCCUUGGGCGCAAGAUCGUCGAGCUGGAGUUGGAGAACCGAGCUCUGAGGGCGGAGCUCGACAACAUGAGAGGAGGGGAACUGUCUCCAGGAGCAACAGGGGGUGUGGCUGAUGUAAAUCAAGGGGCGGGGCUUUCUGAACUGAGGCAGCAGUUGCAGCUAGUGGAAGACGAGGCGGAAUUUUUGCGGCGAACUUUGGCAGACACGGAGGAGCAGAACAGGAAAGUGAAGAGCGAGCUGAAGAAGCUGCGGUUUAAAGAGGCAUCGAGGCACGCGGCUGAGGGAGGAGCUCUAUUGUCGGAGGACGGAGCUAAGGCUAUGGAGAUGUUGAAGGAGGAGCUGAAAGCAGCACGGCUGCAGGUGAACGAGCUGAGCGGGAAAGUGAUGCAGCUGCAGUAUGAGAAGAGGGUGAUGCUUAAUAAACAGAGCGAUGAUGGUGGAAGAGAAGAAAGAGGAGGAGGAGGGGGAGGAGGAAAAGAAAGCAGAGGAAGAACAGAAGAAGAGGAAGGAGGACAAGAAAAAGGAGGAGGAAAUUUAGAAGAAGGAACUAGAGCAGAAGAAGCAGUAAAAGAAAGACAAGAAGGAGGAAUUGGAGAACAGGAAGGAGGAGGACAUGAGGAAGAGAAGGUAGGAAGAGGAGUAGAAGGACGAGGAAGAGGAGAAACCGCAGGUGGAGGUGGAAGAGAAAGAGGAAAAAGUGGAGGAGAAGAACGAGGAGGAAGAGAAAGAGAAAGUGACUCCUCCUCUUCAUCACUCCUUCCUCUCCAUCAGAAGCGUGAAGGCCCCAUCGGCGGUGAAAGUGACUCAGAGGAGUUUCUGCACUCGUCUGUUUCUCCUCAUCCCCUCAUCCGUCGCUCCACUCCUCCAACGCUCCCUCGUUCACCUCGUGAUCGCCAGCGCGUGACGGAGAUCCGGGCCGAGGCAGAGCGUCUGACGCACACCAUCGAGCUCCUCAUCGCUCACACGCAGGAGUUUGUGGCUGAUGGAGAGCAGACUGGAGGAGAGGAUGGUGAUGGAGCUGAUGAUGAAGACGUGAGGACACGUGAACGGCAGCUGCUCCAUCGCAUCGGCACGCAGAUGAACGAGUUCAGAAACGAGCUUCAGGGGUUUAUGGGAUUUAUAGAGACACUGGACGGAUCCAAACGGGAGGAAACGCAUCCGGAAGAGCGGCUGUCUGUAAGUGUAUGUGUGGUUUUUGCGUUUGUGUGUGUGUGUGUGUGUGUGAUACAUUAG